AAAAAAAACAGCUGUCAAAUAAUGCAAGGAGAGAGGCCAUUUUUCUAAAACACAAACAAGACGAGAAAGCGAGUUAUGAACAUAUUCGCAGCGAACGUUGGUCAGUUGAAAUUAUAAUUAAACGUGGUUCAAGCAAAUAUUCAACAUAUAGUUGCAAGGAAGAAACCUGGAGAUAUACAGGUCAUUGCGAAAUACACGCAUAUGUUGUUAAAAAGAGGACUUAACUAACGUUAGCUACAUUCCAAUUUCGCAAAAUUUGCAGCUACCAGCUAGCUAAGUUGUAGCUGGCUAGCUGGCAACUUAGCUGGCUAGCUAGUGCGACCAGCUUUCAACAAAGGGUGUUUACAAGGAGGAACAAUAGAUCCGAUGGAAAUACUCAAGCAGGAGUAAGAAGACAGAAGUGGAGAGAAUAAUAAAUGCAUGUGAAGAAGAUACACAUAUCGCUCCCCGUGAUCUCCUGUUCUUCACAAUUUUGCUUCAUGGUCAAUUAUUAUGAUCAACUCCCAUGUUGUAUUUCCUGGUGCUAUUUGUCUGUAAACAUUUUGUUUUUGUUUUCAUUUGUUGAUCGGUGAGCUUGCUGUCACAUUUGGUCACUCCGUCACCUCAUCUAACACCUUUCCCAGAGCCUUGCAGCUAUUUGCUCAGUGUAACAGAUUUGUUUGGCCCAAGUACACCCACUCUAAACCACUGCACAGAGAAGAACCAAAUAGCCUUUAACCCCCUCGUCGUAUCUGGACCGAACAGGUUCAAUCCUCUGGACAAGAAGCCUUGAGCUCCAGUUGAAGAGAGGAGUAUGACUGCUGAAACACUUAACUUCGGCCCAGAAUGUUGUCUAGGGGAAGAUAAUGGGCGAUGCAUAUCCAACUUAAACUUGAGGCUCCGUGCACUAUCCAGAGGGCGGAGUGUGACGUCCCCCCCUCCCUCUCCAGCAUUGCCAAAGUCCAAGCUGGCCGAUUACCGCUAUGGUCGUGAGGAGAUGCUAGCACUUUAUAUCAAAGAUGACAAACCCCCAGAGGAUAUCACGCAGGAUAAGGAGUUUGCUGCUAUCCUGCAGGAUGAGCCUGUGCAGCCUUUGGCACUGGAGCCUCUAACUGAGGAGGAGCAGAGAAACUUCUCCAUGUCUGUGAACAGUGUGGCUGUGCUGAGGUUGAUGGGAAAGGGAGGCGGGGCCGCCCCUGCAGGUGUGGCCAAGGGUCGUGGAGGAGGCAUCAGAGGGAGAGGAAGAGGUGAAGGUGCAUUCUACCAAAGAGCUCCUGGAGGUCCUGAUGAUGGAGAGGUGGGCUUCGGUCGUGGCCGAGAUAUGCUCCGCAGCCAAAGCUGGGAUGACCGAGCUGAGAGGCCCAAGUUUGAGAAGCCAAUCAGGCGUGCUGAGGUAGUGCGUCCAGGGUUUGAGGAGGCGGGACCUCUUGGCAGGAAGGACUCCUGGCGUGCCGACAGUGGUAACUGGCGUACCCUUCGGGAGGAGGAGGAAGAGGCAGCAGCAGGAGGAGGAGGGGAAGAGCAGCCAGCCUGGAGAGUUGCAGGAACCCGCCGUGAUGAUGGGGGUCCUCGGUCUGCAGGCUGGCGUGAUCAUGGCGGCCGGAGGAAGUUUGAGUUUGACUUCCGUGACAGCGAGGGACCCCGCAGGGAGGACGACAGGGACGGCCUUCCUGAGUGGUGCACUGAUGAAGAGGAUGGAGAGAUGGGCACCUUUGACUCCUCGGGGGCCUUCAUGUGCAUCAAGAAAGGCUCCAAGGGCACCAUCACUGAAGAGGAUCUGGAGUUUGAAGCUCUAGUGGAAGAUGAGAACGGUCAGGAAGUCAAGGACAACGGUCAGGAAGGCAAGGACAACUAUAAGGAUAACUACAUUGACGGAGAUGAGUGUGAAGGAGCAUGUGAGGGGGUGGUCAAGUACAGGACUCCAUCUCCUCCUGCUGUCUCGGCCUCUCCCUCCUCAGACCCUCUCCCUGCCCCCUGUGCCCCAGAGGCUCCCUUGACACCCAUAUCCCACCCCUCCAAAACCAACCACGUGCCCACUCAAGGCAGCUCACCUCCAGGGAGUGGUGCUCAGCUCAGUCCAGACCCUUCCUCCUCUACCACCACUUUCUCCAGCCUGAUGCCUCCUCCCUCCUUUGGAUCUCUCCUCCCAUCAACAGGGGGAGAAGUGGAGGAGGACGAGGGCAUGAAGCACCUGCAACAGGAGGCUGAAAAGAUGGUGGCAUCUCUGCAGGACACAUCCCUUGAGGAGGAGUGUUUCACUCAAGCACUGCAGGAGAGCCACAACAUUACCUCCCAAUCUCUCACACACCCAGCCCCACACUCACACACACACACCGCUGGACACACACACUCCCACUCUGCCCAUAGGGACUGUGCCCUGCCCCUCUCCCACGAGGCAGCCAUGAAGUGGUUCUACAAGGACCCCCAGGCAGAGAUCCAAGGUCCCUUCUCCACUGUGGAGAUGUGUGAGUGGUUCCAGGCAGGCUACUUCUCCAUGACACUGCUGGUAAAGAGGGGUUGUGAUGAGGGCUUCCAGCCCCUGGGUGAUGUCAUCAAGAUGUGGGGGCGUGUGCCCUUCUCCCCCGGCCCCUCCCCCCCACCCCUGCUGGUGAGACAGCCUCCACCACCUCGGGGGUCCUCUGGCAAUAUGGAUCAGGAGCUGCUGAAGAAACAGUUAGAACAAGCAGCCACUGCAGCUCUAUACCAGCAAUUGCAGAUAAGGUUUCAGCACAUGAACAGGAGUGGGGAAUCUAGCGUGAUGAACAGGUCCAUGUCAGUACCAGAUAAUGGGUCUAUGUGGGACAUGCGUACCUCAGCCUCCCAGCAGUCAGGAGGUGAGGCCAACCUAUGGGACUUAACCAUGAGUCAUUCCACUCAGGGGCCAUCUCUGGAGCAGCUACAGAAGCUCCAGGACCGGCGUGAGGCUGAACUCCGGGCCAAGCGAGAGGAGGAGGAGAGGAAGCGGAGGGAGGAGAAGAGGAGGCAGCAGGAGGAGCAGAAGAGGCGUGAGGAGGAGGAGCUAUACAGGCGUAAGCAGCAGUGUCGGCAGCAGCAGGAGCUGAUCCUGAAGCUGCUGCAACAAGCCCAGCCUGGGGGCCCAGGGAGUAUCUCUGGGUCAGGGACUGUGUGGAGUGGCCCCCAGGUCUCAGCGCUCUCCAAGCAAGGCAAGAGCCUCAGCCUGCUGGAGCUGGAGACUGAGAGGCUGCUCAAACAGCAGGCCCAGCACCAGAGGGCCCAGCAGCAGAGGGACAGGCAUGGAGGCCUGUCUAUGGGUCAGUGGGGUGAGGGGUCUGUGGGCAUGUGGUCUGGUGGGGGCAUGGAGCCCAAAGGCAGCUCUGGAGGUAUGGGUGUCUGGGAGGAGGCUGUGAAGAACCAGAACAGCCUCCGCAACAUGGGCAUGAAGAACAGCCGCAGCAGCCCCUCUCUUAGCGAGCAGUACAUGUUAAGGAAGAAGCGUACAGAGGAGGAGGACAAAUUGCUGAAGCUGCUGCAGGGCAUGAAACCCCAGGACGGCUUCACCACCUGGUGUGAACAGAUGCUGCACGCGCUCAACACCUCGGCUAACAACUCCCCCUCCUCGUCCCUGGAUGUAGCCACCAUCGUGGCCUAUCUGAAGGAGGUGGAGUCUCCCUACGAAGUCCUUGACUUUAUCCGCUCCUACCUGGGCGACACUGUGGAAGCCAAAGAGUUUGCCAAGCAGUUCCUGGAGCGGCGUGCCAAACAGAAAGCCAACCACCAGAGGCAGCAACAGCAGUUAUCAAAAGAAGUUCCAGGACUGUCCGUGAACAACUUUCCUCUACAGUCUAUGUUCCAGGCAGCCCAGAUGGGGAAGGGAGGAAUGUAUGACAGCCAAGCUGCAAAGAUGAAGAAGAAACAGACCAUGAUGCUUCACUCCGACCCCAGCAUCUUAGGAUAUUCAUUCCUGGGCGCAGGGGACAGGAUGAGCUUGGGCGAGAUGGAAACAGUGGAAGAUUAUUGAUCCACAGCAUCUACCUGAAUCCACCUGAGGCCUUAUACCUGGCAUACGAGACACACACACACACACACAUUCACAGACCGACACACACACACACACAUUCACAGACCGACAUACGCACACACACUGACGAAUGUGCACUGCUGAGCUACUUUGCCCCCUCUUGGAUGAGGACCUUGUAAAGUACUGUUUUCUCCCUCGUCUCUCAGUGAGAGGGGCCGGUAGGGGUGUGCAGAGAGGAGUACCCUUCCGCACUUCUUACAGUUAAGCACCUUAAACUAAACUAAUGCACUUUAUUACAUGGGGUUUCAAUAUUUGAAAUGAAGUUUUGCCUGUUUUUUUGUUUUUGUUGGUUUUAGGAUGCAAAAUGUGCAUAUAUUAUGUAUAUGAUAUGAAUAUACACAAGUGGAUGUGUGUGUGCAAACAUACCCAAGUAAGGAACUGGAGGUUACAUCUCUGAUAAUAAUGGUGAGGGGUUGGGGGAGUGAUGAGCAUUUGGUUUAGAAAGUAUAUUCUUUUUUGAAAAGAGACACUGUUGUUUUUUUAAACAUUUUAUAUAAAAUGUAAAGCUAUAGCAAAUUUGCAUUUUAAGAAAAACUUGAAUGUUUGCACUUACAAAAACAAACAAAUUUGUUGUGGAUAAGUAGUGGAAGAAAAAUGUUUCUGAAUGCUGGUGUCUGUGUGGUAGACUCAAAGCCUGCACACUUUUUAUUGCUUACAGAGAUGCAUAAAAAGGCCAUGUUUUUACUUUGUUCCAUGAAACUUUUUUUUACUUUGUGAAGGAUGUAUGCAAUUUGUGCCCAUGUUAGAUGUAUGAGUGAUGAGUAGCCAAUGAAUGUGUGCAUGUUAUGUUUGUACAUGGGUUCUUUAAGCGAGAGUGGGAGUGGAUAGGGCUCUUUUCAUCCAAUCUUUCACCAGCUUCUCAUCCCCUAAAUGACUUCAUGAUGGUCUGCGUUUCUGUCCAGUUACCUGAAUGGCCGCUCGUGUUCUGGCAUUGGUGCUUCGCUGCCCUCAUGCUCUUCUCUCGCGACGAGUCACGGGUAUACAGGCUCUGAUUCGCUGAUUGAACUGUGAAAGCAAAUGUCUUGUUUCAAGGCAGAUUUCCGAGGUAUAUUUUACUGCAGUACAGGCCCUGUCUCUCAAUCUCACUCUUGUUAAAAGAACCAUAAAUAGUUCUGUUUAAUGAUUAUCUUCCUUGUGGUUAUGAAAGUUGGUAAGACCAGAGAAGUCCCUUGCAUUUUUCAAGGGGAUCUAUUGCCUUUAACGACAUGCCAGUGUUGAGGUCUUGCUUUCCUGUUUCCAGGUUGUUUUGCAAGCUAUUGCCACUGCUUGUGUGAACCCUGGUUUUUAUAGCUAGAAUCCUCUCUUUUGUUGCUUUUUGAAUCCGUUUGUCUGUUUAAAACAGUGGGAAAGUAUUUGGACUUGAUGAUAUGGAGCACUUUUGAGGCUGCUAAGCUUUUGUAUUUUUAUAUUGUUUUUUUUUUGCUUGUAAUUUCUUAUAUCUAUUUUCUUUUUUUUUUUUAAAUGAAUGUAUUCCAAAAACAGAAGAGUGCAGUGAGAUGAAGCCAGACUUUAAACAAAUGGUAAUGCGGAGAGUUGUGGGGAUAAAGUAUUAGAGUCCCUGAAGAUGACAUACUGUAAAUUUAAACUGAGGUGGACACCGCUGAACACACUGCCUACUGCUCUCUGAAGAACUUCUCGUAAUAAGAUGAAGACGUCUGUCCAUCACCAAGCAAUGUUGUCGUCCUCGAUAGUCUCUGGAUACAGCGGCAAAUCUUUUCAAACAUGAUGGACUCAUUACAAACCUAUAUACCGAGGAAAUGGCAUGGAAAAUGUAGCAGUAGUUUUUCAAAAGAUGAAUCUGUCUCCUUUUGAUCUUUGAAUGUCUGGGUUGCAACUUUAUUAAUUGUCGUCUUUCUCUCUAAUUGCCUACAACUUGUGAAAAUGGAGAGUUUGAAGAUGUGGCUGGAGGAAUGAUCGGUACUUCAUCUGCAAACUGAAACGGUCUUCGCUUUAACCAUUUUUUUUAUUCAUACAAGUCUGGAUUAUAUUUUUUAUUUAAAAAAAAAAAAUCAAGAGAAAAAGGAGAAUGGACCAUUUUGUUUUAGACUGGUGACAACUAAUAUGUGGUUAUCAUUUGAAUCCAUGUGUUUCUCAAGAAGAGAUCCGGAGAUUGCGUGAGGAGAUGGAUAAAAAAAUCUAUGACUCCUUUCACGCUUGUUCCUCAGGCCAGCCUCCUUGCCAUAGCUGAUCCCCCUCUGUACAACAUGUCUCAUGGGGUUUGGUGGGCUGGGACCAUGUGACUAUAGGUUGCCAGUUUUAAAUUAUGGACAUUUUAAAGAGAUUCAACAAAUGUUCAAAGAAAUUAAAAUAUACUGGAGAGAACACAUUUU